AGCGGGCGUCUCCCCCGCCAGUUUGAACAGAGAGCUGGAGCCGCGAGGGCUCAGAGACUCAACAUCGCAACUUCGCAACUUAAACAAGAUCCUUCGACAGUUGCAAAGAGGAGUUGGCAUCUGAAGCAGAUUGCAAGAGCUGCACGAACAGACCGCUUUUCGUCAACGCGUCGAGAGACAAUGGGUGCAUUUUAACAAAACUGUAAUCCAGCAAAAAAGCAGCGUAUUAAGUGCAAACAUAAGAGACUUCUACUAGACAAGCACAAGGCUGGGCGUUGAUGCCGAGAAGAUUGAUUUGAAGUAAUUUACGAAAACGGGAAACCUUUUUUUGGAAGAUUGUACAUGUCCAUUCAUAAGAUUUUGACAUGUUCAAGAUACUUUUUAUUUGAGGAAACCCAAUGUUUUACUCGUACAAGAACUUGUUAAUGUGCUAAGUUUUUUCAGAAAAUAAUUGGCUGGUGAAAAAGUUAAUACGAGUGCACAUAUAUUCUACAAAAAGGAUCAAAGGCUGCAGAGAUAGUUUUGCAGUUUCUAAUUUAAACAUUUAAUUUGGGAGCUGCAUAUUUUUUAAAUACACCAUAUUUACCGGAGUAUCUGCCAUUGCUAGGCAUAUAACAAAGCAUAAUAUCGAUUUGUAUACAGAAAUGCAUGCAAAAAUAUCGGCAAAGAGGCUUAAUAGCAAGAUCGAUGCAUCACCCCGUAGGAAGUUUACUCAAAGGUCUGUGUCACGGGAGUUUGAAAUAAAAUCUGGAAAGCAAUCCACUGGAAAACAAACUAAUUUAAGGAGAUCUACUGUGAAAAAUGCAAUUGAUAGACUGUUUAGCUUUUCUCUGAGAUCGAAGAGAUGUUUGAAAACUGUAGACUACAUUGAGAAGUUUAGUUCAGAUGAAGAUUUUGAAUCUCCUAAAGAAAAAAAGAUUAGAAUAUUGAAAAAGGUGACCAAACAAGAACAUUUAAAAAAACAGCAUGGAUCCCCUUUGAAAACAAAUCAAGAUAAAAUUGCAUCUCGUCCAAGCAGUGAUGGUUCAACAGCAAGCAGUUAUGAUCCCAGUGAUUUAUCUUGUGAUCAGUGGGUGUUGAUUAAACCCAAACUUCCUUAUUCUGGACAGAAAUAUUCUGGAAGAAGUGUGGAUGAGGUGUCAAAGAGACUGCGGGAUACAUCCAUGUCCAUCCAGCUGAAGGCAAGGCACAAAAGGAUACACUUCAUUAGUCGUGCUGUCUUCCUGAAGAGAAAUCUGAAAUUGGGAGAAAAGACUGUGCAGAGGUUUUUGAAUGAGAAUAUCUCAAUCAAAAUCCACGGUCAACAGCAGCAUGAAGAUUCACCAAAACGGAGCACACUCGCCCAAGAAGUGUCACAAGAUACAACAGAUGAAGAAAAAAAGUGCGCAGAAAAAUCCAAGCAGAACACUUCUGUCAGUGGCAUUGCAAUUGCUGUUGGAGAGUCAAUGGCAACUGCCAAUGCACCUUUGAAGGAAGAUGUUCUGUUAAACAUCUCGGAUAAUGAUCCAUGUUCAGUUGAGAAUGACACAAAUAUACAGCCUGAGCACAGUUGUCAACGACAGCAUGUAUCAGAGUUGGAGGGGCAGCAGAUACUCAAGGUAGCCUUAGAUAUCAGGUCGUCAGCAUUGGAUCCUUCAAAAUGUAGCACACAUGCAGAGCAGUUGAACAAUAAUGCUCUUUUAUCGAGAAAAAAUUUGCUUUCUAGGAAAAUGAAAAAUGUCUCGCCUCCAAAUCUUGAUGUGUUGAAGACGUCAACAGGUACAACUUUGGAUUGUGAUGUAAAGCAAACACUUGAUGAGUUACCAAAAGAUUCUGAAAUAGCUGACACAGUAAUUCAAAAUGAAACUUCGAAUAACAGUUCGCGACUAAGAAAAAGACCAAAUGACAGUGGGCUUAGUGGUGAUCAAAGUUUCCAUGGUAAACACCUCAAUCCAGAUAAUUCAAUCAGAGGAGCAAUUGAUUUCCAGACACCCGAUAACACACAGUCUGCAAAACGGUACAAGCUACGUUCCCACACAGAACUAGAUGCACAGCCGCAGUCAAGCAGCAUUUCUAUACAGAGUAUCAAAAGCUUGUAUGGUUUACCAAAGAAUAUGUCACCCCUGAAGCAGAGUGUGCCUGUCGACUAUAUUCUUGCCAAUGAAGAUGACAGCCCUAUUUUACAAAACAAUGGGUCCAAAAUGGAUACCCAAGAAAAUGGGGAUGAUGAAGCAGAUGCAAUCUCUGCGUCUAGGCAAGUGAAAGUUAACAGUACGUCUCAUUUCCAGGAUGAGGAUGAAGCAUUUUCCCUCUCCCAGCAGCCAAUUGUUGCAGGACCAUUUCGUUCUUUAUUUUUUAGGGCCAUUGAUUCCAGAAGAAGUACAAUGUGGUCUUUUGUAAAUGAAAACUGA